UCUAUAAAGGCGCCUCCACGCUCAGCAACAUCCUCCAACAAGGCAGUUUAAACCUGCAAUAUACCGGAGCGGGGGAAAAAUCCAUCCCACUAUCUUUCUAUAAGUGUACGGAGACCAAAAUCUGAUCUGUCUUUCUUGGGUUUCAUUGAGGCUCUCUUUUUUUGUAUUCUCUCUUCUAUUUUUGCUGUUGUUAAGGAAAUCUAACUCACGCAAAGGGACAUUUCAUUUCAAGCCAGUUGCAGGAUUUUGCACUUUGCAGUUGACAAACUUUGCAUCACGUUGGAACGAGAGAAAGGAGGAUAAAAAGCACGCUCAGUAUGGCGCGCGCUAACUUUUGGCUGUGUUUGACGGUGCUCGUGGCUCUCGAGCUGUGCGGCAGCGACGAGCCCGAGUUGCUGUCGCGCGCAGCAGCGCCUUCUGAAGUGCCCGUGAUGGCCGUGAUGCCCUCGGCGCUUUCCCUGCUCGAGGUGAUGCACGAGGAGGAAGUGCCGGUGGAGGAGGAGGAGGAGGUGGAGGAGGAGGAGGAGGAGGCAGCCGGCGCGCGCCAGUGCUCGGCGUGCGCGUGGCGGGAGCAGAGCCGCGCGCUGCGCCUUGAGACCAUCAAAUCGCAGAUCCUGAGCAAGCUGCGGCUCAAGCAUGCACCUAACAUCAGCCGCGCCGUGGCCGAGCAGCUGCUUCCCCGCGCGCCGCCGCUGCAGCGCCUCCUCGACCAGCACGACUUUCAGGGAGACGCGGCAGGAAUAGGAGCGGCGCGAGAGCUGGACGAGUUCACCGAGGCGGAUGAGUAUCACGCCACCACCGAGUCGGUGAUCGCCAUGGCCUCAGAGCCGGAGCCAAUAGUCCAGGUGGAUGGAAAACCAAACUGCUGUUUCUUCAAAUUCAGUCCCAAGUUGAUGUUCACUAAAGUGCUGAAAGCCCAGCUCUGGGUGUAUCUGCGGCCACUGCAACAAACAUCUACUGUUUACCUGCAAAUCCUGCGUCUGAAACCCGUGACUGACCAGGGCAGUCGCCACAUCCGCAUCCGUUCUCUCAAGAUUGAGCUCAACUCACGGUCUGGCUACUGGCAGAGCAUCGACUUUAAACAUGUCCUGCAAAACUGGUUCAAGCAGCCACAUACAAAUUGGGGCAUUGACAUAAAUGCCUUUGAUGAAAGUGGCAACGACCUGGCUGUGACUUCACUAAGACCUGGAGAAGAAGGGCUGCAGCCGUUCCUGGAGGUGAAAGUUCUCGAGACGACAAAACGAUCGCGCCGUAAUCUUGGCCUGGACUGCGACGAGCACUCGACUGAAUCUCGCUGCUGCCGCUAUCCACUCACGGUGGACUUUGAGGCAUUUGGAUGGGAUUGGAUCAUUGCUCCUAAGCGCUACAAAGCCAACUACUGUUCAGGCCAGUGUGAGUACAUGUUCAUGCAGAAGUACCCACACACCCAUUUGGUGCAGCACGCUAAUCCUCGAGGCUCGGCCGGUCCUUGCUGUACGCCAACCAAAAUGUCGCCCAUAAAUAUGCUCUAUUUUAACGACAAGCAGCAGAUCAUCCACGGAAAGAUUCCUGGCAUGGUUGUGGAUCGCUGUGGCUGCUCUUAGGCACAAAAGGUGGCUCGUUUGGUCUGCUCAUGACUGUUCAAGUGUCUCCUGAUUGGCUUUCCUCUUACGUCCUGGAAGAGUGACACAACGAUCAAGGAGGCCACAUUUAGCUUGUUACUGUAGUCAGCUAAUAACAGAAUAAUUCAUGGUAAAAGUGGUAAAAACUGAAGCCGAAGGGAAGAGAUUUCUGUGAACAAUUUGGAAGUUUGAAGACUGGCUGGUGAGAGAAGAUUGAGACAUUUAUUUAUUCCUUUUCUGUGUUAGUUUUUUUUAUGUUUGUUGCUCCUGGUUUUGAUUUGAAGUGUUUAAUUUUUAACUGUUUAAUAGUUGUAAGAUAGAUAUUUUUAAAUUGGCUCCAAAGUGAUUAAGCCAGUUUUUAAGUCUGUUCAUUCUGUCUUACUGCAAGGGCAAAAACACAAUACUGAGUAGGGAUAAUGCAAUGCCCUCUGUAAAUACUGCGACAGUGAAGUCAAUACUGUUUCUUAUUGUUAACUUGCUGUUACCUGCUAGAACCAAGAAUCUUCACAGCUCUGUUGUACAAUUUUAAUCAACACGUCAACAAGCAUGAUCACAGUUUAAGCCUGUGCUCAUAUGAAUUGUAAUAUCAUUAUAGUUGCCUAACAGUUUCAAAAUGACUUUACAUAUGAUUAACUUCCUUGUUUUGACAGAAUUGGUACUUCAUAUUUAAGGAUACUUCCAAUGUUUAUCCAAAACAAAACAAAACAAAAAAAAUACAGGUGUCCUUAUGCUGCUUCUGAAAGGGACAGAUUUUAUCUCGAGGGCAUGCAAUGCUGCCAUGAAAACGCUGCCUACCUAGGCAACCUAAUUACUAAUAAAACACAGGUGGAGUGAAAGAGGAAGAGAAAAAUUCUCAAAAUAAUUUAAAAAAUAAAAAUAAAAUUAAAUAAAAACUGUACUUUAAUCCAAAGAGGCGCAAUAAUAUUGACUUCACUGUCCCAAUACUUAUGGUGGGAACCGAUUAUGUAAGCAUGACAUUUCUCCAAAAUAUUCUUAACCAUAUAUAUAUAUAUAUAUAUAUAUAUAUAUAUUUUUUUUUUUUUUUGUAGAGAAAUUUUUUCCCCCCAUCUAUACUUUACUUCAUCCAAAACAGUACAUUAGAGAAGCAAAAAAAAAAAAAAAAAAUGCCAAAAGAGACCUACAGUAGGUAAACAUGCUAAAGCAGACCCCCCACCACACACUGCAAAUGCAGCUAGCACCCCAGUGCGACAUUCCCAAGAAUCCAGGCGCCCUUUCAUGGCCACUUUGAUCUCCUUUUUACUCGUCAUCUUGUAAAAGACAAAAAGAAACCAGAAGAGAAAGGGGUUUUUCAAGACUUUUCAAUGAGGACAGGAAAAGGGGUUUGACUAGGCAAUCGAAUUACGACCACAGCACUGACUCACACUCACACUCUCCCUCUCACACACACACACAAAGCCUGACCUUUAGAGCAUCAGCUCAAGCAACUGGUCAACCACAACUAGUCCUAAAUAUUACAAUGCAAGGAGAUUAAUAUUACUCAGUAAUGCUUUAAUAAAAAAUACUGUAUAUGUUUCCUUUCAUAUUAUGGCCAUUUCAUUAAACAGUAUAUGUAGACAAAAGACUUAAAUUUGUCCGAUUUGAAUUACAGGGCCUUUAGCUGAAGCAUUAAAAGUAUUUUCAUAUCUAUAUUCCGUGUAGGCACGUGCUGAUGACAUUUUCAAGUGACAAUAACUGCCUGACACUGAGAAAGUGUCAUAUAUAUAUACAUACUGAUAACGUAACGUAUCGCAACAUAUCAUUAUCGGCACAUAAGAUCAGAUGCACUAGGCCACCCCCCCACACAGAGUUUCUGGGUUAUGCUUAAUCACAAUUCAGCAUGUGGCGAACUACAUUUCAAGAAAAUAUCAUUUAUUGAUUUUUUUUGUUUUGUUUUGUUUUAUGACCUUUCACUCCAUUAUUACUCCUUACUAAUCCUUGAUGGUAUGAUGAACUGAAGUGCUUAAAAGGAAAAAAAAAAAAAAAAAAGAAGUCUCGUCCUCACUAGAUGUCUAAGCAAAGAAGACUAUUGCUCUGUUGGAAACGAAAG